AGUUAGUGCGCGAGGCGCUCCUGAGGGGUGAACCAGAGGCCGCUGUUAGUGCCGCUGCUCCAGCCUGCCUUACCGCCCGCCAUGGCCCACAAGCAGAUCUACUAUUCCGAUAAGUACUCUGACGAGCAGUACGAGUACCGACAUGUGAUGCUGCCACGAGAACUUUCGAAACAAGUGCCAAAAUCUCAUCUGAUGUCUGAAGAAGAGUGGAGACGACUUGGUGUUCAGCAGAGUCUUGGCUGGGUUCACUAUAUGAUUCAUGAGCCAGAGCCACAUAUUCUGCUAUUCAGAAGACCACUUCCAAAGGAUGAGCAGAAAUAAUCCACGGCCUUUUAAAUCUUCUGGAACUAUGUAUAUGAGUGUAUAUAUGUUGGUAGUAUUCAGUGAAUACUUUAAAUUUACAAAACAUACAUCCAAACCUGUGCAUGAGCUGUAUUAUUCACAGCAACAAAGCUCAGUCAAAUGCAAUUCCAAGCAGGCUGCUAUGAUGUUCAAAGAGUUAUGAUUUUAUCUUUUACUGUUAAUGUAAGUGCCUCUCUGACUUAAAUUGUGUUGUUUGCAUGUUCUGAUUAGUUCAUCCCUUGUUAGUGUUGUAUAACUUUUGCACUCAAAUUUUCUGCUGCAGUUCAAAUCCAGUAGUUCAACUGUUUACUAGUAAGCAGGCUUAAGAAAUAAACUGUUUACAUGUUUUAUGAAA